ACAAAAUAUACUCGUGUUAAAAAUAUAUAGGCCCUUAUAAAGCCCUAAAACCUUGCCGUCGAUUUAUGCUGCCAGAUCACCACCGUCGCCGCCGCUGUCGAAGGUUUUCCUGGUUCCUGCUUGUGAAACGUUCGGAUGAUAUUAUUGAUUAUGUGACAAGUAUUAUUAGUGCCGGCAGUAUAAUUUGCGUUUAGAGCAGGUGAAAAUUUCGACUUGGUUAACACCUCCUGGGUGUGGAUGUGCGUAUACCGGUCAUGGUUCCAGGCCUUUGCCGGCCGAAAAUGUCGCUAUUGCUUUGGUCUAAUUUCGAGAGAAGCCACCGGAAAACACUUGCAGACUCCGAUUUCCAGGUCACUAGGAAAUGGGGAGAGAACCAUCUUUUAUGGUACCGGCGAAGUAAAAUUGAAGCAUGGAGGCGCAUCACUAUGCCGUGUUGAAGUGGAGCGAAUUAAGGAGAGAUCCUUGUAUAUACCAUAUACUUCCUUUGCUGCAAAUUUCUGUUCCAUUCCAGAACAUGGAAGCCAGAAUAAUUUCUUGGAUCAUGUUGGUUCGUCAUCGUGUGUUAAAAGCAUUGAGAUGGAGGAGUUUCAUGCUGCUGCUGGUCAGAGUAAUGAUGAUAAACCAAAAACUAAGUCCAAUUAUAAAAAGUCGAUUGAUUUUACAAAAAUACCUAUUGAGAAGCUUCCAACUGUUAUUAUCAUUGGGCGUCCAAAUGUUGGGAAGUCAGCAUUAUUUAAUCGUUUGAUUCGAAGGAGGGAAGCCCUUGUUUACAACACCCCGAAUGACCAUGUUACCCGUGAUAUACGAGAUGGGAUUGCUAAAUUGGGUAAUUUGCGGUUUUGUGUUCUGGAUUCUGCUGGCUUGGAGGCAGAGGCUUCAUCUGGUUCUGUUCUAGGCAGAACUGCUUCCAUGACUGAAAAUGUUCUGGCAAGUGCCCAAGUUGCACUAUUUCUUGUAGAUGCAAGAGAUGGACUGCAGCCAAUGGAUUUGGAUGUUGGAAAGUGGUUGAGAAAACAUGCACCUCAUAUGAAAACUAUUGUUGUAAUGAAUAAAGCUGAAUUGCUUGAUGACAUUACUGGUUCUCUAUCUUCUGCUGCUGGUGAGGCUUAUACAUUAGGCUUUGGUGAUCCCAUUGCAUUAUCUGCUGAAACUGGAUUUGGAAUGACUGAACUAUAUGAAGCAUUGAGACCUCCCCUUGAGGACUAUAUUAUUCAGCAUGCAGAUGUUCUAAAUGAAGAUAUACAUUCAGAUGUGGAGGAAGUUGUUGACCCCAAACUACCAUUGCAGUUGGCAAUUGUUGGAAGGCCAAAUGUAGGGAAGUCUACCCUUCUGAAUUCAAUUUUACAAGAAAAUCGAGUUUUGGUUGGACCCGAAGCUGGUUUAACCAGAGAUUCAAUCCGUGUGCAAUUUCAAUAUGAAGGGAGAAAUAUAUAUCUUGUUGACACUGCUGGUUGGUUGGAGAGAACAAAACAGGACAAGGGUCCUUCAUCAUUGAGCAUCGUGCAGUCAAGGAAAAAUCUCAUGAGAGCUCAUGUUGUUGCUUUAGUUCUGGACGCAGAAGAGAUAGCAAGAGCUAAGAGGAGCAUGAAGCAUGCAGAAGUUGUCAUAGCCAGGCGGGCUGUGGAAGAAGGGCGAGGUUUGCUGGUUAUAGUGAACAAGAUGGAUCUUUUGAAAGGCAAGCAAAAUUCAAAAAUGUACCAAAGUGUCGUCAAUGCUGUACCUGAAGAAAUUCAGACUGUCAUACCCCAGGUAACUGGAAUCCCUGUGGUAUUUGUUUCUGCACUCGAGGGAAAAGGCCGGUUAUCUGUGAUGCGCCAAGUUAUUGAUACAUACGAAAAGUGGUGUCUCAGGUUGCCAACAGCUCGUCUCAACCGCUGGCUGCGCAAGGUUAUGAGCCGACAUUCUUGGAAGGACCAAUCCGCCCAACCCAAGAUCAAAUACUUUACACAAGUGAAGGCCCGUCCCCCAACAUUCGUCGCAUUCAUGAGCGGGAAGACUCAGCUCACAGAUACAGAUCUAAGAUUCCUAACAAAGUCACUGAAAGAAGACUUCGAUUUGGGUGGAAUACCAGUGCGCAUUACGCAGCGCACUGUGCCUAGGCGCUCGGAGGGACAUAAUAACUUUACCAGCAAGAACAAACGACCUCCCAUGACGACACCAACUGCGCGGAUGACAUCCGAGAAACGAGUAAGCGCCGCCGAUUCCUCUAAUCCUAUUAUUACUGUUUGAAUUCCAAUAUUCGAUAUGCAUGAUAGAGCUAAAUUGAUUUUCACAUUAUUGAAUGUACUUAGUUGCAUAAGCUUCUCUUAAUCAUAAUAUCAUCAUCUUCUUUAGGGAAGUGAUCUGUUAGGGUAGCAAAAUCGAAAAAUAUAGAUUGGGACAAGACCAGUUAGAUAGAUGGGUUGGGUUCAUUGAGACAGCACAUGCAUAUGUAGUUUGGCUGCAUUCAUGUCAUAGGGGAGGCUUGUGAUUAAUUUGUCAUAGGAGAGGGAAAGGGUCCAUAGAGAGAGAGAGAGGGAUAGCAUGCCAUGCUGCUUUAAAUUUGUCUCUUCACUCAUCUGCCACUCAUACUCAUGGUCCACUUUCUGACACACACACACACACACACACAUAUACUCUCUAUAUGUCAGCAUCAUCAUCAUCACGUUAUGAUUCUUCUCAGACAUGGUUGUGGGGUUUACUGACACCAUAUAUAGAUACAGACAAACUUUCCCAUUUCAUUUAUAUUUUAUUUUUGGAGUUAAUUGGAUUUAGCUUUGAAAUUUUUAUAUUGUAUUUGAUGUUUAGUAGAGAAAUAGAAAUUCACUGUUAAUCAAUCAGUGAGCAAACGAAAAUCUAAGACAAGAAACAGCAUUUUAAUUAGUUUAAUAUCUUCCAUAUUCAUGUGGAGAGGUGUAUAUAUAUAUAUAUAUAUACACAUAUAUAUGUAUAUUUAUAUUUAUAUUUUCUUGAUUAUAAAUCUUAGAGAAGUGCAUUAUAGGACUAAAAUGUCAUGUCAUUAGUAGACCUUUGAGUUCUUGGAAGUGUUUUGGAGUUGAGUUGG